CACCACGAGAGCAAAGUCACAUCAUCCUUAAACGUCGUAGUCGUCCUAGCAGCAAACAAGACCACCAACACACCCAGCUCGCCACCCGUGCGCCCGCCCAACAUGGCAGCCCCAACGGCCAUUCCAAAUGCGAACCACUCGUCCCACCACCAACACGAACAGCAAGCGCCCCCUCCCAAUCGCAACUCUCCCCCAGCCUUCUCCCCCAUCUACACGCGCACCGCCUUUUCCCUCCCUGGCGGACCCAUGUCUCCUACAUCGUCCUUCCGCAACACCUCGAGCGGAUGGACCACGGCUGGCGCAGGUGUUAAUGGGUUGAAGAGCUCCACCAACACGCCCGCAGCAGUACAGAGCCACCAGCGUGUACAGCGAGACUAUUUCCCCGACCGUGACUCCUCCGCAGUGGAUGGAGGAGCUGUUGAGUCGGCAUCCAUGCCCCACCCUCGUCACCAUCGAGCAUUUAGCGCCUCGUCUGCCUCCUCCAUCUCUAGCAUCGAUUCUGCCGGUCCUCCCACGCCGGGACCCAACAGCGCUGGUGGUGCUCAAGCAGGCAGCGGUGCGCCUCUCGGACGCGUUCCUUCCAUCGGGCUGGGCACCUCGUACGAGCAGUUCAAGAACAAGAGGGACACCUGGGCUGGAGGGUACAAUCACGGUGCAGGAUGGGCGGGCAUCGGGGGACUGCGAUCCGGUAAUGGACCUGGCGGCGGCGGCGGCGGUGGUGGUGGGGAGCCACAGAGCCCUCCUGCCAGUGGCGGAGGCAUGGGCGGACUACUUCGCAAGCUCAGCCUUAGCAGUGGAGCGGGUAAUGCGGGUGGGCGACCCCACAUGGGCCACCACCACGGACACCGUAGCAUCAGCGUGAGCUCGACUCCUGCUGGCCAACAGCCUCCCACCCCGAACAGCGAUGCGGCCACUUCGCCUAAUACCUCGCCUACGCCUGGUUCGCCGCCCAAGGGAGGAGCAAGGGGACGACAGAACAGUGUGGGCGGGAAUCAGAAGCGUAAGCCCAGCCCCCAUGGGGAGCGACUCUUGAUGGGAUGGACGCAUGCCCACUAAGCGCCACGUCUUCAACUCAACGACAUUGCAACGAUCUUCUCAGGUUCUCGCCCAUGACAUCAGCCCUACUACCACUUCUGGCAAGGCAAGCUCUGUCUUCUCAGUUACCGCUGCGACUCGACUCGCCUUAUCUCACCACGCCUCGACAACUUGUACUUUUACCCAACCUAUCAACACCAAAGACAAGAUGGUUCCAAGAUAGCGACGUAGCACGUUGCAGUUUUUCUCGACAACUCUCUCUUCUAUUUCCGCUGCUCACCCUGUACAAAUCGCUCCUCUUCUUCUUCUUCGCCUCGUGUCGCCGCCUCUCCUCCUUUUCCUCUUCGUGCCGUGCCGUGCCUCCGCCUCCUUCUCAUCAGCGCCUCGACUCGAAUCGGC